CGUACCGGCUUCUAUGUCCAAAAUGCCCAUCUCAGAAAGUUUCGGUGAAAACCAUCAUUUUCCGAGAGUUUUUCUCCUUUUUCUUGUUUCAUCGUCACUUUAGACUUGAGUUUUGAUUUUAGAGAGCAUUACCAGCCCCCACCAGUCCCUCCGCCGUCGCCAACACCAGCCGCCGACAAACCUCCGGUCCCAGCCCGCUGCCUCGAACGUCGUGAUCGAAGGCGACGCCAUGGCCUUGAGAACAGUGACGAGGAAGCUUUGUUCUAGACUUCCAUUGCCCAUGUUUUCUUCCGCCAAUGCUCUGCAUUCCCAUGCCACAAGUUUUGGAUUUAAAGAAGUAAAGGAAGAUGAAAAAAGCCAAAUGGUUGGUAACGUGUUCAGCAGUGUUGCUUCAAACUAUGAUCUUAUGAAUGAUUUAAUGAGUGCUGGAUUACACAGAUUAUGGAAGGAUAGAUUGGUUUCUGAACUGAAUCCAUUUCCUGGUAUGAAGCAUCUUGAUGUGGCCGGUGGGACAGGUGAUGUCGCUUUCAGGAUUCUAGAAUCAAUCAACAGCACUAGGCGUAGAGCAUUGCAAGAUGUUAGUGAAGACGGUUUACAAGAAGAGACUCAGAUAUAUGUUUGUGAUAUCAACCCUAACAUGUUGAAUGUAGGUAAAAAACGAGCCAUGGAAAGAGGUCUUGGAGAAAACCAGUCACUUAUAUGGGUGGAGGGAGAUGCAGAGGCCUUGACUUUUGAUAACAAUUCAAUGGAUGGUUACACUAUUGCAUUUGGGAUAAGGAAUGUUACACAUAUAGAGAAAGCACUUGCUGAAGCCUAUAGGGUGCUAAAACGUGGUGGAAGGUUCCUUUGUCUUGAGUUGAGUCAUGUGGACAUUCCGGUGUUUAAGGACUUGUAUGAUUAUUAUUCAUUCUCAAUAAUUCCUGCCGUAGGAGAGCUAGUUGCGGGUGAUCGGGAAUCAUAUCAGUACUUAGUUGAGAGCAUCCGCCGUUUCCCCCCUCAGGAGACCUUUGCGUCGAUGAUAGCGGAUGCGGGAUUUCAGAAAGUAGAGUAUGAAAAUCUUGUUGGAGGAGUGGUUGCAAUCCAUUCAGGCUUAAAACUAUAGCUGGAUGGUGAAAAUUGGGUCAAAACAUGUCAACAGAAUGUACGUUACACAAUUUUGGGAUAUUGAGUUUUAAGUUUUUCUGGAUAUUGAGUUUUAA